GCAUAUCGUAACAGCGAUAUAUAUAUUUCUUGCGGGCUGGCGAAUCUACAAACAAAUUUGCCAUACAAAAACCGUGUGAGCAGGAAAAGUGUCUGUAAAAGGUACGCCAGACGCUAGUGAAUCAAUUGCCGCGAAUAUAAAACUGUCAUCGCUAUUGCCCGGCGUUUUCUGGGUGAAUGUGAAAAUUGUAAUAAAACUAAAAGAGUCCGAUGGAAGAUACUCGUCCAGGCGCCUACAACUACAAAACGCUGCUAUGCACCAAUAUACCAGAAUUAUUCCUGGACAAAUUCGUGGCGCGCACACAUUUCGGGCGCUUCGGGAAUUUGGUAAAUUUUGUGCUCCGCCCGCGUCGCAUGACCUGCACCGUGAGCUACGCCACCGAGGAGGAGGCUGAACUGGCACUGCACGAGGGCAACGUCUACAAUGGCCACGAGUUUCACAUGACCUAUGCCGAGAACGAGACGGCUCCGGCCCAAAAGACCGAGCAGUGGGUGGAUCCCGAAGUGCAGGCCGAGCUGAAUGCCCUAAGCGGCGGCUGGCCGAACGAGUACCAGCCGACAAAGCAGAGCAAAUCUGCUGCCACCGAACUUCCGGGCUCCAGGUCCCAGCACAGCGAACGUAGAGAGCGGCCACCGCCGCCGCCGCAGCCGCCCGCACACUCCAAGGCCUAUGCACAGGAGCUGGAGGCUAUCAUGUGUCGUCCGGCACACAGCAGCGAGGAAAAGUACCGCGUGCUCGAUGCACGGGACAAGCUGCUGCGCCUGAACCAGCAGUCAAAUCGUCAGCUGGACCUGCAGCGAUCGGGCAGCACGCAGGGCUACUGCCCGGACAUGUGUCCGGAGAAGGAGCGCCUGCUGCGCGAAUUCCAGCGCCAGGUGUCCGUCUUCGAGCUGCAGCCCGACUCGCUGUCGCGUCAGCCCGGCGGCCUAAUCUCCCACGAGCUGGCCCUCAAGCAAUAUUCGCGCAGCAGUGCCGACCAGGAGACACCGCUGCCGCACGAACUGCGCGGCGAGCCCGCCCUGCACAUGACCAUGAGCUACCUGAUGCACGAGAUUAUGGACAUUGAUCGUGAGCCGCUGGGGGAUUGGUUCCACUUUGUGUGGGAUCGCACACGCUCCAUACGCAAGGAGAUAACACAGCAGGAGCUCUGCUCCCUGGGCGCCGUCAAGCUGGUGGAGCAGUGCGCCCGCUUUCACAUCCAUUGUGCCGGUCGUCUGGUGGCCGAGGAUCCGAGCGUCUUCGACAGCAAAAUCAAUGCGGACAAUCUCACGAAAUGUCUGCAGACGCUCAAGUACAUGUACCACGAUCUGCGCCUCAAGGGCGUGCAGUGCCCCCGGGAGGCUGAGUUUCGGGGCUACAUUGUGCUGCUGAAUCUGGCCGACGCCAACUUCCUGUGGGACGUGGGCCAGCUGCCCGACGAGCUGCAGACCUGCCCGGAGAUACGCAGAGCCAUCAAGUUCUACUUCUCGCUGCAGGACACCAAUUUCGUGCGCUUCUUUCAGCUGCUGCGCGAUCCGGAGACCAGUUAUCUCAGUGCCUGCAUUCUGGUGCGUUAUUUCACCCGAUUGCGGGUGCUGGCGCUGCAUCGCCUCAUUCAGGGCUAUCGGGCGCCGCGCAAGAACGAAGUCUCCUCGCUGCCCCUCGCCUAUGUGGCCCAGAUGCUGGCCUGCGAGAGCCAGCAGGAGGCCGCCAACUUUGUCCAACAUUAUGGGCUGGAGAUCAACCAGGACGAACGCGUUUCCCUCACCAGAAUUUACAAUCCCGAGGUGGAAUACAAGCUCGAGCGGCAGCUGGAGUUGGUGGAAUCGAAGCGUUAUCAGAGCGUGGGGGAAUGCAUCUGCGGGGAGCCAUUGCCGCCGAAGAGCCUCUACGUCAGCCAUCGUCCGCACAACAGCUUCAAUGCGCAGCACAUGCUGAAGCGUAGCUCCUGGUCGGCCAAGGAUCAGAUGCCCAACCAGGAGCCCGAGGAGGAGCCACUGCCACUGCCGCUGCAGCGAGACAAUCUCUUCAAGGUGCCCAUGCAGCCGGCCACGGCUGUGGCUUCGGCGGGUGGCUUCAGCUUUUCGCUGCCCAAAUCGCGGGCGCAGGAGAUGCACGAAAUGCAGGAGGCGGCGGCUGCGGCCCUGGCGGAGCAACAGCGCCAGCAGCAGGUGCAGCGGGCACAGGAGGAGGCCAGAAUGGUGGCGCUGCAGCAGGCCAUAGCUGCGGCCAAGCAGCGCGAGGCCGAACUGAUGGCAGUCAAGGCUGCCGAAGCGGAGCGCUUGCGCGUGGAGCAGGAGGAAAAGUUGCUGCGUCUGCGGCACGAACAGGAGGCGGAUGAGCAGCGCAGGCAGCAGAUGGAGCGGCAAAUGCAGGAGACGCUCGACCAGCAGAACAGAUGGCGACGCGAGCAGCAGCAGAAGCGCCAGCAGCGACUGCAGGAACAGUCCAUCCGCCUGUACGAGCAACUGUUCGAGGACGCGCUGCACAAUGUGUGCGCCAAGCAGCUGCAGCUGGAGCAGCGAGCACGCCAGCAGUUUGAUCAGCUUGUGGACAGCCUCACGGCUGAGCUGGGGGAGCGCGAGCACCAGAAGGCCAUCUACGAGUUCAGUCUGAUGCGGAUCUACUGGCGCCGCUGGCGCGACUUCCGUGGCGUGCAGCAGCAGAAGGACACGCUGUUCAAUCAGCUGCCGCUCAGCUUUGGCGCCGAGAAUCCCGAGCGACUGCUGAACGAGCGUAGAGUGGAUGACUCGCUGCGUCUCAUACGCCGCUAUCGGCAGGGCGAGGCGUGCAACUACAUUCAGCUGCUGACCGGCAUGGGGGAUCGUGGCUGCGCGCUGAAGCUGGACCUGUGGAAGCUGCUGGGCCAGUAUCUGCCGCAGGGUCAGCCGGGUGCGCGGCGCUUCUACAAGCUGCUGCUCUCGCUGCCCGAGGGCGAGCCGGGACUCAAGUUUGAGUACAGCCUGGACCGUGAGCUGCUGCAACGGCCGCCAACAGACGCAACGGAAGCGGAGGCAGAGGCAGAGGCGGAGCCCGAGUCGGGCCAGAGCUUUAUACGUGGCGUGGCCCAUGGAUUGGCCCUCAGUGUGCUGAAGACUCGCGCUGGGCAAGAUCCUACCCGCUGGGCCCAUGCCGAUGGCAUCGUUUGCUUUGCCAGCAACGCGGACGUGUCGGAGAUUCGCCAGCGUCUGCGGACCAUUAUCCAGGCGAGUCGUUGCAUCCAUGUGGCGCUGAUACUGCAGCAUCAGCCGCAUGAGGCGGCACACGAGGGGCCAAUGUGGAGGGAGCUGCUGCUCAAUCAGCUGGGCCUGCAGGCCUACAAGAUCUUCUGGCUGCGCACAGAGUCAGCGUCGCCGCGCACUCAGCUGAUGUCGGUGCUGCAGUCGGCCCUCAAGUUUCUGGCCCAGCAGCCGCAGCGCUGUCGCGACGGAUGCCUCAGGCAGGCGGAGGUGCGCGGCUUUCUCGUUGACAAUCUGGGCCCAGAGCUGUUUCGGCGCCUGAAGCAUGCGGCAAACGAGGAUCAGACCAUACGCCGCAAGAGCCGCGCAUCGCCGCAAUUCUGCGUUGAACUGUACAACGAGGCAGUGCGUCGCCUGCAGCUGGUGGUCGGUGAGGAUCUGCAGCACUGUCUGCAGUUUCCCCAGGAUCUGCGCCCGUUCGUGGAGCCCCUGCAGGCACAAGAGCUGCUGCCAGGCAGUUGUCUGGAGUACUUUAUGCCCGGGUGGGAGCAACCGGAGCAACGUUAUCCCAUCUACCAGCUGCUGGAGCUGGCCAAGCUGCCGCCAAUGCCGCAAAUGCCUGAGUUGCCCUUCGAUAAGCAGGAGGACUUUUGCCAGUGGUUGCUGGAAUAUGUGCAGCUCAGCCAGCAGGAGGAUCUGAUAGAGUCCAUCUGCCUGCAGGGCAUCCACUGCCUCGAACACGAGUCGGACUAUCUCGGCCUGACGCAGCUGCUGGCCGUGGAACGGCUGCAGUUUGUGCUGCGCAACGAGCAGCUGCAGCUGCCCAAGGCCAUUGUCUACAGAUCCCGCACCAUGAAGAGCUACUUCCAGUCAUCGUGGUACUACGAUUUUCAGCAACCCGAACCAGCUCCCACCGAGCCACCAGUCCCCGCCGCAGAGUCCUUCCCACCGCCCACAGAGCAGCUCGACUUUGACGAGAUAGUCAGCAAUGCGGAGCGCGUUCUGCACAAAUGUGAGAAGCGGAAUGAGCAGCGUCGCACCCUGAGGGAGCUGAAUGUGACGCGCAGUCAGGCGGCACAGCCGAGCAGCAGCGAGUCAACGGAGGACGAGGAGAACUGCGCCAAGCGUCGACGCCGCUUCAUGGCAGCUGAGGCUGGCAGGCGCAAGUAAAGCCCCAACCCCAAACGCUUUUAUUGGUUGACAAGAGGAAGGUGUAUGUCUUUUUUGUUGUAGUUAGUAAACAGUAAAUAAUUAAUAAAGAAACAAACAAAGCGAAUCGAGUUGGCGCUUAGCAGCUAAUCAACUACA